UCGGGCUCCCAAAGUGCUGGGAUUACAGGCGUGACCCACCAUGCCUGGCCGGCAAUGUUACUUCCUUCUUUCCUAUCUGUAUGGCUUUUGCUUCCUUUUAUUUUCGUACUGCGCUGGCUAGGACCGGCACAACGCUGAAUAGAAGUGGGGACAAUGGACAUCAUGAAGCCACCUUUAAACAUUUCUUUUUGUCGGAUAGAAAUAAUCACUGGCUGUAAUAGAGGCAUAAACAAAAUAUGAUGGAAUGCAAACUAUGUAUGUGUGGACAGGGGUUAGCAGAAAAGGAAACAAUUAAAUCCUAGUCCCUGGGGAAGAUUCCUAAGGAGCAGAGUUUUUAAGCAGGUUGCUUGGCUCAUUGGUCUGUCCCUGGAAGGUGGCGGUUUUUGUAGUGUUUCCCCAGCCAUCACAUGCUGCUGGAGUUCCCUUCCCCAUCCCCCACAGCAGCGCUGCCGCGACUCCUAUCUGUCCCAGAAUGCUGUCUUCUCCCUGCACGCCAGCACGCUCACGGGCUCACGGACCAUCCCCCGACAGCAGCGCUGCCGCGACUCUCUAUCUGUUCCAGGAUGCUGUCCUCUCCCUGCAUGCUGGCAAGCUCACGGACUUGCUCCCGUAUCCUGGGGCUGAGCCUUGGGACUGCAGCCCUGUUUGCUGCUGGGGCCAACAUGGCACUCCUCUUUCCUAACUGGGAUGUGACCUACCUGUUGAGGGGCCUCAUUGGCAAGCAUGCCAUGCUGGGAACUGGGCUCUGGGGAGGAGGCCUCAUGGUACUCACUGCUGCUAUCCUCAUCUCCUUGAUGGGCUGGAGAUACGGCUGCUUCAGUAAGAGUGGGCUCUGUCGAAGCGUGCUUACUGCUCUGUUGUCAAGUGGCCUGGCUUUACUUGGAGCCCUGAUUUGCUUUGUCACUUCUGGAGCUGCUCUGAAAGAUGGUCCUUUUUGCAUGUUUGACACUUCAUCCUUCAAUCAGACACAAGCUUGGAAAUAUGGUUACCCAUUCAAAGACCUGCAUAGUAGGAAUUAUCUGUAUGACCGUUUGCUCUGGAACUCCAUCUGCCUGGAGCCCUCUACAGCUGUUGUCUGGCAUGUGUCCCUCUUCUCCGCCCUUCUGUGCAUCAGCCUGCUCCAGCUUCUCCUGGUGGUCGCUCACGUCAUCAACAGCCUCCUGGGCCUUUUCUGCAGCCUCUGUGAGAAGUGACAGGCAGAACCUUCGCGUUCAAGCAGUGGUGUUUUCAUCAUUGGUUGCCUGAAUCCUUUCUACAAGGAGUGGGUACAAAUUAUAAACAAACUUUCCCUUUGGGUAUCUCUGGAGAAAUAAUGACAACAAAAUUCACUGCAUGUCGGCUGAAUGAUAGAAUGCAUUUUAAAUCACACUGUAAUCUUCCAGGUGAUCCAUGGAUAGGACAAAUAACUAAGUCAUUAUAAUUGUGUAGGAAUGUGUAGUUCAUAAAAUACCCUCCAGCCAGGA